CAGGAUCAUUGCUCUCCUCUCUCUGUCUCACGCAAACACUUCAUCAUUAGCCCGCCUUUCUAAUUAGAGGGAGCCGCGCUUCAACAAACGAUGCGUCAGCCAUCAGCAGGCGAAGGGUUAACUCGGUCAUCCUGUUGUUCUCUGUGCUCCGUCCAACCUGACCGUGUCGCUAAGGGAGAAGAGGCUGCGCUUCAGGAGGUGCAACAGAUCCCCAGCUGGGAAACGGGCUCACAUCUGGCGCGCAAGAAGAGCCCCAUUUUUAGCGCAAGCUGUGCAUGUGUAGCUCAUCUGAGCUGGAUCAGCUUUCCUGUCUGAGUGGAGAGCAGGAAAGUUGACAGGGAUUAGAGCUGGAGGUCGUAUUAGGUCUAAAAAGGAUAGAUUGGGUUUGGAUAGGGAGCGUUUGCCGUGCGCAAUAAGCCAACUGUAUGUUAAUAAACCAUAAUAAUGACCAUAUGGAAAAGGUCAGUUGGAAACAUCUGAACCAACACAGUGAGAUCUCCUACGGGUGGUUUCCUUCACUUUCAUGUUGUCUGAUUUUUUUUCUGCCUGCAUAAACCCAUGGGUCAGCACCAGGACUGAGCUCUGACUCUGAAGUGAGGACGCACCUUCUCUCAACAUUGUGAUAGUUCCUCUCCUCAAGCGGACAGCAGCGGGAAGCGGGAGCGACAAGCUUCUAAAUGAUCAGCUCGGUGUGCGUUUCGUCUUACCGAGGGCGCAAGUCAGGAAACAAACCCCCGUCUAAAUCAUGUCUGAAGGAGGAGAUGGCCAGAGGCGAGGACUCGGAAAAAAUCAUCAUUAACGUCGGCGGCACCCGGCAUGAGACCUACAAGAGCACCCUCCGGACCCUACCGGGGACGCGUCUGGCCUGGCUAGCCGAGUCGGACUCUCAGGGCUGCAGCUCCGAAUCGGACGCCGAGCCCCCGAUCGCCUCCGAGUUCUUCUUCGACAGACACCCGGGCAUCUUCGCCUAUGUGCUCAACUACUACCGGACCGGGAAGCUGCACUGUCCUGCGGACGUGUGCGGCCCGUUCUUCGAGGAGGAGCUGGCCUUCUGGGGCAUUGAUGACAGCGACGUGGAACCGUGCUGCUGGAUGACCUACCGGCAGCACCGGGAGGCGGAGGAGGCCCUGGAGAUAUUCGAGCCGCCCGACGCGGAGGACACAGACGAUGACAGAGGCACGCCGGUUCGGUUCGGCAUUGAGGACUGCAACGACAGGUCCAGGGGUUGCUGGGAAGUUUGGCGGCCCAAAUUGUGGGCCUUGUUUGACGACCCCUACUCAUCCAAAGCAGCCAGGGGAGUGGCGAUCAUCUCUCUCUUCUUCAUCCUGGUGUCCAUCACCACCUUCUGCUUGGAGACCCAUCAAGCCUUCGAUGUAGAAGAAAACAUCACAGAGCAAGUUCCCUUCGGAAACAUCACAAAAAAUGAGUUUAGGACUGAGAUUGUCACCAACCCAAAACUCAUCAUGGUGGAGGGAAUAUGUGUGGUGUGGUUCACCUUUGAAUUCCUGGUUCGAAUUAUCUGCUGCCCAAACAAACUGGCCUUCAUCAAAAACACACUCAACAUCAUUGACUUUGUGGCCAUUCUGCCAUUCUACCUUGAGAUGAGUUUGAGAGGUUUGUCGUCCAAAGCGGCCAGCAACGUGCUUGGUUUCCUCCGCGUGGUGCGCUUUGUGAGGAUCUUGCGAAUCUUCAAGCUCACACGUCACUUUGUAGGCCUGCGUGUCCUGGGUCACACGCUGAGGGCCAGUGUCAAUGAAUUCCUCCUGCUCGUUAUUUUCUUGGCGCUGGGAGUGCUCAUCUUUGCCACCAUGAUCUACUACGCCGAGCGCAUCGGAGUGACCUACAACCCAGAGAUUAAGAACCACUUCAGAAACAUCCCUAUCAGCUUCUGGUGGGCAGUGGUCACAAUGACGACACUGGGCUAUGGGGACAUGUAUCCCCAGACCUGGCUGGGUAUGAUGGUGGGGGCGUUGUGUGCGCUGGCUGGCGUGCUGACCAUCGCUAUGCCUGUCCCUGUAAUCGUCAACAACUUUGGCAUGUAUUACUCGCUGGCUAUGGCGAAGCAGAAGCUGCCAAAAAAGAAGAAGAGGCACACCCAAAACCCAGACGCACCGACCGACUCGGCCUCGUUUGUGAAAUCAGAAACAAACUCACACAUAGACAGCACUCAGAGCGACACGUGUCCGCUGGCAGCUGAGGAGAGCAGCAGCAGGAAUCGCUCAGACUCCAAACAGAAUGGGGAUGCGAAUGUGGCCCUUUCAGAUGAGGAAGGCUGCAGUCUGACCCAGCCGCUGUCCCCCAGUGAAAAAUGGUCCCUGCGCUGCUCCAGAGGACGAAGCAAGAAUAAGGAGGGCACCUGCUUCCUCCAAACAUCUGGAGAUCCCAACAUCCAUGUUGAAGGCUUUAAAGAUAUUCUCACUACAACUGGGAACUACACUCAGCCGGAGGUCACCACUCUGACCUGAUGAGUUGCUUUGAAUAAGGAGGAGGAAAUGUGGAGUCUGCUGUGGUGUUCGUUGGAUACCUGCUGUUCAAAUAAACUGCAGAGCCAGUAAUUGUUCUUCAAAAUCAAUAUUUUUUUGUUUCAUCAUAUAUUGCAAACCCUGUAACCUAUCUGAUCAACAGUAGAUAUAUAUUGGAACAUAUUUGCGAAGCACUUUGCAUGUAUUGCAUGAUCUAACAUUGUACUAGAGAUGUACCAGUAUACACUUACACUGUACUGGAUAAUAUACCUCCUUACAAAAGGCCCUGAAGCCAUUAUCUCUCCAUCUUGUUAUGUGAUGUAGGGGUAACAGAAGCUUGGAGACAUUUUUCCCUCCAAACGAAAUUGUUUUAUUUAGCUUUUUCAGCUCAAAGUAGUAAAAUCCUAAGUUUUACUAUCCCAAAUCAAAAAAAUAUUUUACCUCCAGCGCAGAGGCAUAAAAUAUAAAAUCACAGCUGAUUAAAGAAAAAGAUAAGUAUAAAGAUUUAGAGAGCACCAAUAGCUAUAUUAACAUUUUAUAGUCAGAUUCAGAUUCUAAAAUGUGAGAUUAUACUCUUAAAUUGAACUUUUAGAAUCUUGUGGUCUAAAUUAUGGUCUCCUGAUGGGACAAAUAUUUUAGGGUUUAAACACAGAUUUUGUUUGAAAAAAAUUACAUUCAAAACAUAAACUGUUCUUACAGUGAGUCCUAUUUUUCCAGGUAUGUGAGAAGUAGUUAAAGCUUUUUUAAACUUAAAUAGUCACUGGAAAUACAGCCUAUACAGCAAUAGGUGCACACACACCUGUCAUGAGGAUAUCAUGUCGUUUUUAUUUUGGACUUUUAAUGAUUUAUUUGAAUUGUUCAUUUUUCCCGUUAGAAUGAUGAUACAGCAUACAACUACAGGACGUUUUAACAAGAAUUAAGUGCACAACUAUACAUUUAUUGCAGAUUUUCUAUAAUCCAAAUGGGUCAAAAUAAUACAAACAUCUCAAAUAUAUAUGUACAACCCAACUAAUAUUUGGUUAAAUGUCUUUUAGCACAUUGCAGAGAAAACCCACCAUUUUGUAGCCAUCAAGAAGCUACCUCUGGCUGGAGAUCUGACCAGUCUUUGUGGAGUUAAUUUAAACGGGCUGCUUUCUGGUACAGAAGUGGCUUUUAAGUGAGUCAACAAAUGUUUUACUGGCUUGAAGUUGAGCUUUGGUUGAGCAAUUUACUGUACUGGAAAUUUCUGGAACGCCAGUGGCAUGGACUGGGAAUGUGACAACCAAGAAAGAAGCACUUGUCAAAAACACCUUCUAGCUUAACUGAAAUUUGUCGGUAAUUUGCUGCCAAAGUUUUUGGUCAGAAGAGACAAAUUUUAAACUCUUUGGCCACAAUGACAAGAUGAAUGUUUAGAUAGGUCAAGGUGAGGCUUUCAAACUUAAAUGCUCUGUACCAACUGUCAAACUGGGUGGUGGCAGCCUCUUUAACUUCUGGAAUGGUCAUGAUGCCAAAAUAAUGAAACAAUUUGUUCAUCAUAUUUAAAGGCUGGGUCCAUGUCAGGACACCAAUCAAAAUACAUUUCUGAUAAGAAGAGAGGUCAAAUACCCAGUCAAAAUUAUGUCUGAAGCCUGUCGAUGUCUAAUAAUAGUGUGUGUGUGUGCUAUUGGUUAUUGAACCAAAUAGUAGUGGGGGUUCAUGUCUAUAUUGGAGCAUGUUUGUAUAAUUUGGACUAUUUUUGAUGUGGAGAAAAUCCACACUAAUUUCUUACUCAGUUAUUAUUUAUUAAUCAUUGGAGUUGUGUGUUGUCCUACCAUUCCACAGUUCAAAUAAAUAAAUUAAAGCCUAAAACAGAAAGACAUGCAUGCUGGACAGAACUGUAGGUGUUGUUAAGACACCUUUAAGCAUAGAUUAUCGUAUUUUCCACCGCCUUCUGCUGUGUCACUGCCUUCUAACACAGGAAAACAUGUAGAUAUGUUUGUCUAGAACACCACAGAAAGAAGCAACAUGUUACUUGUAAAUGCUUGUAAAAUAAGACAGUUUGACAGAAGCUGGAGAAAAAAAAUCAGUGGAACAGUAUUGUAUGUUAUUAUAUUAGCUCAGUGCAGCUAAUGCAUCAUUACUGGGUGACUUUGGACCAAAAUGCACUCUAUUAGAUUACUUGGUAGUUUUUCAGUACAUGCUGGUAAAAAUGCAUACAGUACAAUGCCAUCAGUUCCGCUUGUGCCUCAUGGUUAGUAAUAGAGUUUAGAUGUCUGUAAUGUAAUCAGCUUGUUUCUUGCUGCAUUAAAAUCCAGAAGCAGCAGGAAAACUGUUUCUUUACCUGUGUUUAUAAUGUAUUCCUCAUGCUCUACCAUAGUGGCCUUAUGUUUAAUAAAGCAAAAGGGAAAUAAUUUAUGUCUUUAAACUAUUUCUACACUGAAGCUGAUGUCUGUAAUGUAUAAGCUGUAACUAUGUAGCACAGUACCAUAUGAUAGAUGAUUAUCUGUAAAGUAUGUUUAUGCAUCAUGAAAUAGCUGUUAACCAACAAUGAGAGAUUAUUAUUUUGAAUAUUCACCUUUUGAACCUUAUUUUCUGUAGUUCCUGUUGUAUGUAUUUGACGGUAUCAGACAAGCACACAGCACAUCUAGUUAUGUUUGGCCUGUAUGGAUAUAUAAACUAUAUAAAGGUAGCUGUGGUGAAUUUAAACCCAGUUUAACAAUCAGAGGCAAAUGUGGGAGGGAGUGUGUGAUGUUAUACCUCAAAGGCAUGUGUUUCUAUGCAGAAAUUCAAAUAAAACCCAUUUCCUUCACCGGUGUUGAAGAUA